AGUCAUUUUUUUUUGUCUCCCUUAACAAAGGAAAAAAACAAAGCUCAUUAAAAAAAACAAUAAAAAUUUUUUUUCGUCGUUGCUUUUUUUUUUCUUCUUUUUCUUUGUGAAAAACAAACAAAAAAAAAACAAACACAUAUAUAUUACAUAUAUUUAUUUAUUUUUUUUAUAUAUAAACCAGUAACCAGAAUAAUUUUUUUUUAAAUUAUUUUAUUUAUUUUUAAAAACGGAUUAAUUUAUUUAAAAACCGAAUUUUUUUUUUUUAAUUUUUUAAUAAUAAAAGUUUUAAAAUAUGAGGAAAAACAAUAUGAAAAAGAAGGCCGCUGAACAAACGACAACACCUUACGCAAUUUACGGAUUUUUCCGUUCAUUUCGAGAAUCUUUACCAGAUGACAAUGAUUUCUCAGAUUUUAUUAGUACAUUAACGAUUACUCCAAUGAAAGAUGUGGUUGAAAUGGUAUUACCAUUCUUUCAUCGUUCUUCGGAUAAAAAUUUAUUAACACAAUUUCAAAUAUUGAUAAGACAAGCUGAACAAAAUAGCUCUUUUGAAAGUACUCUUAUGAGAGUUUGUGAUGCUAUCGAUAUGCUAGGAAAAGUUGAACUUGCUUUAGGAUUUGAUGAACGUUUAAUGGAUGGUUAUUUAAGAGCCAUGCAAUUUGAUAAUGGUUCUGCGAGUCAUCAACAAGUUUGGAGUGGUUUACAAAGAUUUUUAAAUGAAGAAUGUGAUCCUAACAUAAAAAAGAGAAUGGAAAGAGUUUUUGCUGAACAAAAAGCUGGUGAUGAACUUGGACUUAGUGAUGAUAUCCUUACUACAGCAAGCGCUCUUGUUGGAGAUGAUUCAUUGUACAUCGAGAUUCUUGAAACACUUCAAUUAAAUAACAGACAAAAUCUUCCUUGGGAUACUGUUAUCAUGAGAAUUCAAAGAAAUAUCGAACAAAAAAAACCGCAAGUCUGGCCAAUGUUACGUAAAUUCUUGGAUGAUGUUCACAGUCGUCGUGUCAUUGAUUUUAAUUUCUAUUGGGACUUUAUCGAUUAUCAAUAUAUGAAUGAGCAAUAUGCCGAUGACCAAUACAUUAAUGAUCAAUAUGCUAAUGAUCAAUAUAUUAAUGAUUCAGAAACCUACAACAUUCAACAAAAACUUGCCAAUAUCAAUCUAGAAUCUGAGAAUGAUGGUGUCAACGUUAUUGAACCACCGCAAACGCAAGAAGCACAGCGAAAGCAACAAGUUGUACAAUAGUAAGGAAUUAUUAUUUAUUUAAAUGACUUUAUGAAAAAAGAAAGUCAGAUUCAAGGAAACUAAAUUCCUUGUAACAAAUUUGAUCAAAAUUUGAUCAAUUUGAUCCCGCCACACAUUUCAUUUUUUUUUCCGUUUAUUUCUUAUUUUUUAAAAAAAUAUUUUGGGUUAAUUUCUCUAUACACACAAAAAAAGAAAAAAAUUACUUAUCCCUUAAAAUGGUAAAUUUUUUCGGAUUUUAUUAAUAAUAGCACAAUAUAUCAUUAGAGGGAUAUUUUGUAUUAUAAAAAAAAAAAAAAAUUUUUUAUAUGUAACAUAUCAUACAAGUUAUUUUUAAUAACCAGUAAUAGAAUUACUUGUGUUUUUUACAUUCUUGCAUAAAAUGUAUAUAAAAAAAAAAAAAAUAAAAAUUUUU